CCUCAGUAUUGGUGACGUCAUUCACACGAAAUUUCCACAUGGCAAUGAAAUUUUGAUAAAUUUUCGUAAAAGUGCUCGAUUUCUUGUUGAUCUUGGUAGAUUUUUUGAAAUCGUGAAGCCGAACGUGGCAGAGAUGGAGUAUACAACCAGUCCCGGUAGUGCCACUGGCAGAAUUCUGUGUUGUGAAUGUGGUACAGCCAUCGAUCCGAAUCCAACCAACAUGUGCGUAGCCUGCCUCCGAACCCAGGUCGACAUCACAGAAGGAAUCCCUAAGUCUGGGACACUACAUUUCUGCAGAAAUUGUGAAAGAUACCUGACACCACCGGACACCUGGGUGAAAGCUUCUCUAGAAUCAAGGGAGUUACUCUCUGUGUGUCUCAAGAAGUUGAAAGGUUUGAGUAAGGUGCGGCUUGUGGAUGCAGGGUUUGUGUGGACGGAGCCGCAUUCAAAACGCAUCAAGGUGAAGAUAACCAUCCAGAAAGAAGUAGUAAACAGUGCCGUCUUGGAGCAGGUGUUUGUUGUCGAGUUCACCGUUAAUAAUCAGAUGUGUACUGAAUGUCAUCGGGUCGAGGCGAAAGACUUCUGGAGGGCGGUCGCACAAGUCCGGCAGAAAGAGACUUCGCACAAGAAGACAUUGUUCUAUCUCGAGCAGAUGAUCCUGAAGCAUAAGGCGCACGUCAAUACUGUGGGCAUCAAACCUGUGGUUGGCGGAAUUGAUUUCUUCUUCGCACAGAAACAGGACGCUAAGAAACUUGUCGAUUUCCUCCAGUGUAUUGUACCUUGCAAGUACCAGACAGCGCAACAGUUAGUCUCCCAUGAUCCUAAGAGUAAUAUUUUCAACUACAAAAGUACAUUUUCUGUGGAAAUUCCACCAAUAUGCAAGGAUAAUGUUGUGUGCCUUCCAGCCAAACUCGCCCAGUCACUUGGCAACUUGGGCCAGAUUUGUGUUUGCUACCGUGUGUCAUCUGUGAUACAUCUGAUCGACCCAAACACGUGUCAAAUUGCUGAGGUUCCUGGUCCGGUGUACUGGCGUGCUCCCUUCCACUCCAUCUGUGGACCGAAGCAACUACAGGAGUUCAUUGUGAUGCAGAUAGAUGAGGUGUUUGAGAAGGAUAAGAAGCUGGGACGGGGACAUGGUCAGGAGUCCAAGAGGCAUUCCCUAGCCGAAGUCUACGUUGUCAAGUCCAGUGAGAUCGGUUCUGAUCAGCAACACUUCUGUCGCACGCAUCUCGGCCACCUCCUCUCAGCUGGUGACUCUGUCCUUGGCUUCGACAUGACGAACGCUAACGUCAACAAUGAGUACCUGGACAAGAUGAGACAGGACAGGUUACCCGACGUCGUUCUCGUCAAGAAGGUGUUUGGCGAUCGGAGCAAGCGCAUCAGGAAGAGGAAGUGGAAGUUACAGCAUCUAGCCGAGGGCACUCACGACUUCGAUGCUGCCAGUGUUGAAAGGGAUUAUAACGACUUCCUUGAGGAUUUAGAGGAGGAUCCCGCAAUCAGACAGAAUGUCAACAUCUAUCGAGAUGCUGCUAAGGUUACCGUGGAAACCGAAACGGACACAGACGAUGAUGACCUGCCUCAGAUCAGUCUCCAGGAGAUGCUGGAUGAUUUGCACAUCGUGGAGGAUGCCACUGGUGGGGAGGGGGCAGAUAUGAUGGAAUAGCCGUGGACAGUGCUCAGGGGAGGAGAAAUGAUAGAAUAGCCGUGGAUUAAAAUUGCAAAAAAAGAUAGACAUUUGAACUAUGAGGACAGUUGUUUUAAAGAGCAGUCCUGUCAGAGAGUUUUGGACCUGGGCUGUUGUAUGAAUUACAGAUAAUAAAAUAUCUAAUUAAAAGAUA